AUGGCUGAUGUCAAUGAUGGUCAGACUCUUUCGUCGAGUCGCACGGUGACUGAGGUUUCACCUGCUCCACCGUUGCAUGCUCCGAACAUGUUACAAAAGGCUCAUCCCUACGUUUCCCUCAAGCUUUCGGCUAUAAAAUUUUUGUUUUGGAAAGCUCAAUUGGUUCCGUUUCUGCGCGGCCAAAAUUUGUUCGGGUUUGUUGAUGGUUCGCACCUGUGUCCUCCGAAGUUUGUUGCGUCGACCUCGUCCGCACCUCCGGUCUCUAACUCUGCUCACGCACAAUGGGUUCAGCAAGACCAAUCCAUAUUGGGCAUUUUGAUUUCUUCGAUGGCGGAGGAGGUCUUAUACCUUGCUAUUGGUCACAAGACAUCCAGGAAUGGAGACUCAUUGCCCGUCGAUUACUUGGGUCGUGCCUGGCUUCUUGUGGAGCAGUUGGCGCAGGCCGGACGGCCAGUUGGUUUUGAUGAACAAAACCUGCAUAUUUUCAGAGGUCUUCGACCGGAAUACCGUGCCUUGGUAUCCUCUCUUACCACCAAAGAUGCUCCGCUUACGAUUCCUCAGGUUGCUGAUUUGCUCAAUGCCCAUCGGUAUGUUUUUCAGGAGGAUGUUCUGCCGCCUGUUGCUGCUUCGCUGCCGGUUGCGAUGUAUGUUUAG